AUGAUACCCAUAGAACUCGAACCAUCACCUUCCAUCCCCUUACACUCCCUCGAAGCACUCCAGUCCGAUGCACUUCUUCCAAUUUGCAGAGCCUGUGGUACCCAAUACCCUUUGACUUCCUCGCUCAAGAGGAACUGUGCGAUAUGUGAAGAUCCGAGACAAUUCGUCCCUUCCUCAGGCCAAGAAUGGACGACGUUAGCUGAGAUGGGUGAAGGUGGCAGGAAACAUAUCAUGUUGAAAGAUGAAGAGGAUAGUAGGAUAUCGAUGAUCAGCUGUGAACCUGCUUUUGCGAUUAAUCAAACUCCAACACUGAUCGAAACAGCCGAAGGGUCGUAUAUAUGGGACUGCUCCUCCUUUAUAUCAUUACCAUUGAUAGGGCAUCUGUCCAAGCUCGACAAACCUCUAAAAGCGAUUGCUAUUUCUCAUCCUCAUUUCUUCUCAACCUCAUUGACCUGGUCUCGAGCCCUCAAAGUACCUUUAUAUCUCUGUGAGGACGAUAAGGAUUGGUAUCAACGUCUAGGCGACAUACGGCCUGACGAUCAGGUGGUUUGGUGGAUAGGGGAGAAAGAAAUGGGCAGGGGAAUCAUGUUGGUGCAAUGUGGAGGUCAUUUUCCCGGAUCAUCCAUACUUUACUGGGACAGACUAUCCGAACCUCCUCCACCUAAAGAUAAUCUACCUACGAAACCCACUCCAGUCUCGGGUAUAAUAUUCACGGCGGAUACGAUCAUGGUCCAGCCUACCCAGAAGAGCUUCUCGUUCAUAUGGUCCGUACCCAAUAUGAUACCGCUCCGUCCUCAAUCGAUAUUGUCCAUCCAAGAUUGUCUCAAACAUCUUUCUUUCGCCCAGGCAACUUCAUCCUGGCCUAAUAGGUGGAUAAGGCAAGAUGCCAAAAAGGCUUUGGAGGAAAGUGUAACUACCUUCUUAGCGGCGGAAGGGUGGAGGAUUGAUGAAGGGGAAUUAGUGAAGCUCAUCACCUGA